CCACCCUCACUCUCCCCACACUAGUAUGGAUUAAAAGCUAAAGGAGGCUGAGAAGUCACAGCUUGAAUGUCCUCCCCGGUCCUUUUCAUUUUCUUAUACCUGUUACGUUGUCCUAGCAGUCUACCCCCCCACCCCUCCCCUUCCUUAUUUUUAAAUAUGGAUUCAUUUUUUUAACUUGUUCUCAUGCAUCACCUGAGGUUUGGGGAGGGUCCCCAGUCCCGGGCAGGGAAGCAACAAGCGACGGGAGAUUCGUUAAACUGCGAUACGGAAUUGUGACCGUAUUUUAAAACGGGAACUUAUACUUGAAGGAAGGUUAAGUAUCUUUUUGUUCCUCUUGGAUGACUUAUGACAUUUUUCGCGACAAUUGGAACCACUCUGGAAUUUGGAUGGCAUGCAACAUUGACAUGGAUCCAAUAUAUAGCCAACCAAUCCAGUGAUGGCUCGGAGUUUUGUCGACAUAUGUCCAUCUUAGGACUCAAAGGCUGCUGAGUGCCGAGUGACGGCCUCCCACCACCCGCUGUCGCACGCCCUUAGCCUCGCUCGCCAUCUCUCCGGGAGGACCCCAUAAACGCCGUGCGAAGGAAUGGCAAGUCGCAGAGACCCUCGCUUCCUGCACAACCUCUCCUACCACCCUCGAUGGCAGCACGACUCAUUCAAACCGAGGAGGAAAAGACACAUGUGGACAAACAGCGAUGUAGCUCAUAGUCUCUCUCUUUCCUCAUCCACUUCAUCAUCAUCAUCGUUGUCGUUAAAACCACAGUUGCCAUGUUUCCCAGUGCAGCGUUUUAAGAGCUGUUGGGCAAGUUGGCUCCUAAUGCCCUUACUCCUCAUGUCAACCCUACCUUGUCAAGCCUGGGCAACAACAUUCAAGGUAGCUCUGGUAGGACCGUGGACUUGUGACCCCUUUUACUCCAAAUCCUUGCCGGACACGGCGGCCCGCCUCGCCACCGCGCGCAUCAACAAGGACCCCCACCUUAACAAAGGCUAUUGGUACGACUAUACGCUGAUCAACGAGGACUGCAAGUCAUCCCGUGCCAUAGCUCGCUUCGCUGAGCUAGAAGGAUACGGCGCGGCGUUCCUGGGACCGGCCAACCCGGCGUACUGCUCUUCCGCUGCUCUGUACGCUAAGAACUGGGAUGUUGGAAUACUCUCCUGGAGUUGCCUGAAGCCAAACAUGGGCGAAGGAGGGAUGUAUCCCACUUUCCUGCGCCCACAGCCGUUGUCUUCACGUGUCCUUUUCACAGUGCUGCGCUACUUCCGCUGGGCCCAUGUGGCCGUCAUCUCGGAGGAGAGUGACAUCUGGGAGGCCACUGGGUAUGAGCUGGCUUCAUCUCUGAGGGCUUUGGGCCUGCCUGUUAACCCUGUGGUGACCAUGGAGGAGGGCAAGGACGGGCCGAGGAAGGCUUUGACAAAAAUCCGGGAAACAGAUCGGGUUCGAGUGAUCAUUAUGUGCAUGCCUUCUGUCCUGAUCGGCGGACGAUCCCAGUACGACCUUUUGCUAUCCGCUCUCGCGAUGCGAAUGAUCGACCGUGGCUACAUUUUCAUCCCCUACGACACGCUGCUCUACGCACUUCCGUACCAAGACGCUUUCUACUACGCCCUCGGCAACGACACCAAGCUGAGGAAAGCCUACGACGGAGUUCUCACCAUCACCAUGGACUCCGGAGACCGCAAUUUUUAUCAGGCCUUCAAAGACGCUCAGGACAGAUACGAAAUCCGCAGCGGCACCGCGGCAGAGCACGUUUCUCCAUUCUUCGGCUCCAUCUACAACAUGAUGUACUACAUCGCGAUGGCGACGGAGCAGGCUCGCGCUGAUAGCGGAAGAUGGGUGACCGGUGAGGUCCUCGGUGGCAGUAAGGGCGGCUUUGAAUUUGAGGGCUUCAAUCAGCACUUGAGGGCGGGUCGGGACGGUGAAGGCAUGCAGGCUCGCUACGUGGUGCUGGACUACAGCGGGAUGGGAAACUCUCUGUACUCCACUCAUGUGCUGGAGGCCGCACACACGGACGGCAGGAUCGGAGGGUUGAAAUAUCUCGGGAGAUCAAUCCAUUUUGCUGGCAGCACCCCAUACACGGACUCCAGUUGUUGGUUUAGCCCUUACUUUGCCUGCAGCGGAGGAAUGGAUUCUACCACCAUCUUCCUUUUCCUUCUCCUCGCUAUGGUGGUUGCCGGUGCUAUAAACAUCUUCAUUCAUUUCAAGAGGAGCGGCAGAGUGGGCUUCACCUUUGGAGACGGGGAUGGAUUCGCCAAAGUGCUCCUGACUCUGGAUGACUUGGUCUUCAUUAACACUCAAAUCAGCAAAAGGAAGCUGACCGAUGAAAGCAUCAUGAGAAGUGCGCUGGACAUGAAGACGCCUCACCACUCGGUGUCCGGUCGCAGUUAUUUGGCCUCCACACCGGACAGCUCCAACGUUGCUGUUUUUGAGGGCGAUUGGGUUUGGUUGAAGAAAGGCCCACCCGGAGCUGUAUCUGGAAUCAAUAGCAGCACCGAGUCAGUCUUCAUCAAGCUCAGAGACAUGAGGCACGAGAAUCUCAAUCUGUUCCUGGGACUCUUCUACGACUCUGGCAUUUUUGGAGUGGUGACGGAGCACUGCUCCAGAGGCAGCUUGGAGGACCUGCUUAGCAACGAGGACGUACGUCUGGACUGGAUGUUCAAGUCGUCCCUGCUGAUGGAUCUAAUCAGGGGAAUGAAGUACCUGCACAAUCGAGGAAUCAUACAUGGACGCCUUAAAUCCCGAAAUUGUGUGGUGGACGGGCGCUUUGUACUGAAAGUGACUGAUUACGGCUUCAAUGAGCUUCUCAAUGCCCAAAGUAUCAUCAUGGAAGAAGAAAAGCCAGAGGACCUGUUCUGGACCUCCCCUGAGCUGCUCCGCAAUCUUUCUCUGAGGAGAAGGGGGACGUUUCCGGCGGACGUCUACAGUUUUUCCAUCAUUGCACAGGAAGUGAUUUCCCGCUCCGCCCCUUUUUGUAUGCUGGACAUGCCACCCAAGGAGAUUAUCGGCAAGGUCAAGGAACCCCCUCCUUUGUGUCGGCCCUCCCUGUCGGUGGACGAGGCCCCCCUGGACGUCAUCCAGAUCGUCAAGCAGGCCUGGAGCGAAGAACCCGAUAGGAGGCCCACAUUUCACGAUAUUUUUAAACAGUUUAAAAGCAUCACCAAAGGCAAGAAGACCAAUAUCAUCGACUCAAUGUUGCGCAUGUUGGAGCAGUACUCCUCCAACUUGGAGGAUCUGAUCCGGGAGAGGACGGAAGAGUUGGAGGUGGAGAGACAAAAGACGGACCAACUGGUGGCUCAGAUGUUGCCCAAGUCUGUAGCCCAGGCGCUGAAGACAGGCAAGCCAGUCAAACCUGAGCACUUCAAUGAGGUCACGCUCUACUUUAGCGACAUCGUGGGCUUUACCACCAUCUCGGCUCUCAGCGAACCCAUCGAGGUGGUCGACCUGCUGAACGACCUCUACACGCUAUUCGACGCCAUCAUCGGGCUGCAUGACGUGUACAAGGUGGAAACGAUUGGAGAUGCUUACAUGGUGGCCUCCGGAGUCCCGAAUAGGAAUGGCAACCGUCAUGCCGCUGAGAUGGCCAACAUGUCACUUGACAUCCUCCACUGCAUCGGCACCUUCAAGAUGAGACACAUGCCUGAGUUAAAAGUUAGAAUCCGGAUCGGUUUGCACUCCGGCCCAGUCGUAGCAGGAGUCGUGGGCCUCACGAUGCCUCGCUACUGCCUCUUUGGAGACACAGUCAACACAGCAUCUCGAAUGGAGUCCACCGGGUUGCCUUACAGAAUACAUGUCAACCAGACCACAGUAGACAUCCUGAACGGCUUGAAGCUGGGAUACAAAAUUCAAGUUAGAGGGUUGACGGAAUUGAAGGGAAAAGGUAUUGAGAACACGUACUGGUUGGUGGGAAGGGAAGACUUCAAGAAACCCCUGCCUAUUCCACCAGACCUCCAAGGGGGAAGUAAUCACGGCAUCGGGUUGGAUGAGAUUCCUCCUGACAGAAGACAAAAGUUUCUGGACCGACAGAAGAAGAUGGGCUAGAUUGGUGCUGGAACGCUUUGUUUGGUUUUCAACAACGCACACCCGUUGAGAUUGUGAAAAGAGGUGUGCACCAUUUUCAAAUAGACUUGGCAUAAUCAUUCAAAGAUGUCCUGUUUGAGGUCUAAAACGCAUGGCUGCUUGAGGAAGGGAGUGAUGUCAUAAAACAGCUUCACUGGUGUGUAACCUUCAUUUAGAGUAACGCUGCACAAACUCAUUGCAUGUCUGGUCUCGGCGAUAGAGGACGUUUCUUGCACUAGAUGCUAAAAGUUUAGAGACUAUUCAGCCAUCAAUAUGUUACAUCAUUGCCAUCGGGGAUUUCCAUACAAAAGGACAGAAUAACAUAUGACAUUAAAUUCACCAAAAGUGAUGAUAUAAUGUUCAGCUCUGAUCAGUGCAUCAUGACUAAGGGGUGGUGGCGAACAACUUCUCAACAGCUGAUUAGUAUUUUUUUUUUUUUUUUUUUUUUAAGUUAGGUCACAGCACAUUCCAGAAAAAUGGUAACUUGUACCAAGGGGCCAAAACACCAGCCGGAAAACAAGAAUCACAUUGAAUCGCAAUGUAUGUUAUACUGCAAUCCGGAAUACUUAUUUUGAUGAUGUGUGUAUUGAUUUUUAACAUAUAAUCGUCGACUCUUACAGAAGACAAACUCAUAAAAGAAACUUCAGAUAACAGCUUGAAUUGCAGAUCGUGGUUAUUUGUCAUUGUUGGCUCUUAUGAACUGUUAACGUGCACACGUGGGUGCAUAUUGCUUGGUCCACAAAACAAAAAGGAGGAAAAGCAGCAUUCCAGAUGCGGAUGGAAUAAAGGAUGAAGUAUGUAUAGAAUAGCACCUUCUUUUGAUAGACUUUGAAUCCUCUUUGCCAAAUACAGUAGAUGCACCUGACACGCCCCAAAUGAGGUGGAUUAUGCCGAUCAUUUUGAAGGGGGGACUUCUUUGUGUUUAUGUAA